UACAUCUUAAGUGAUAGCGUAGCUGCUUUGUGACAACAGUUACAGUUUAUUGUUGAUGGAUUUUCACGCUUCAAUGUUUUGCCGUCCACGUAUGUCGCAGAGUAUUUUGGUUUAGCAACCUGAUGCAAAUUGGGGUUACAGCCUGUUUUUGCUGACUCAGGAUUUGAAAAUGCAUGAGAAAUAGGAUUCUGUGCACAACUUGACCCUGCCAAGCCAUUCACUGCCCGCCACUCUGGGGCAUGGUAGCUAUGAACAUAAUUGAAAUGAGAUUGUGUUGAAAUUCAGUGUUUACCGUGGCCAUACAAGAAUUAUUGGAUUUGUCAUUAUGGAAAUAAACCCCAGAGUUUGAACUUGAAUGAGCUACAGCAUUAUCAUGAAAAACCUCAAGAAAGCCAAGAAGAAUUGUUACUUUGACCAAAAUGAAUGCUGUUUAUAUCUGUGGAAUGGGAAUGUAAAGUAAGACUGACAAUAAAAUGUGAACCAACAAACUCUAAUUUUCAGUUUGUUGAUAUAAUGCUUCCAUCGUGCACUACUCUUCCUUGGAAUAUUAAUUUCGGAUUGUCCUAUAUUAUUGCACUAUUAUAUAGCAUAGGUACUGGUGUAUUAUGAAGUAAUAACUACCAGUAUAAAUACCAGAAAAGUGAUAUAGUUCAUGCCAGUUUCCUACAUGUGUAUUGUUUCAAAUGCAGUAUAGUAGAUGCUUCCCUAAUGUUCUGCAGUGUAUAAUUACUACUUUUAGAAUCCAAAUGAUUCUCACUCUAGUCUCUGCUGCACAACAAUAUGGUGAGACAGCUGUAUAGUAUUAUAUAGUGAUUCAUUUGGAAUUGAAGGCAGUCCCCACACUCAGAUGACACUUCCCUUUGUCCUAUGAAACCCUAAGCCUCCACCAUGCCUAGAAGAGGCUUGCCCUUGCAAGCCCGGACUCGCUGGCUGCUCCUGGGCAUUUCCUUGCUGCUCAGCCUGGUGCUGCUCACUUACCUACUGGAGUGCGCUCCUCCUCCUGACAGCAGCCCGGCUCUGCCUGGGCCGGCCGGGGAGCUUGUUGGAAAGGAGUAUUACCAGGCCCUGCUGCAGGAGCAGGAGGAGCGCUACCAGAACCGAGCUGCCAGCCUUAAGCGGCAGAUUGGCCAGCUCAAGCAGGAGCUCCAGGACAUGAGUGAGAAGCUCAAGGUUCUGCAGGACAAGAAGGGUCUGGCCGGGGGAGGGGCCAGGGAGCAAGAGCCCAACGACCUUCUUGAGUACCUGCACUCGCAGAUUGACAAGGCAGAGGUAGGCACAGGCGCCAGGCUGCCCAGCGAAUACGCAGUGGUGCCUUUCGAGAGUUUUACCGCCACCAAGGUGUACCAGCUGGAGACGGGCCUGACCCGGCACCCUGAGGAGAAGCCUGUGAGGAAGGACCGCCGUGAUGAGCUGAGCGAAGUCAUCGAGGCCGGGCUGGAGGUCAUCAAUAAUCCAGACGAGGAGGAGGAGGGGCAGGACAAGGAGCAGAGACUGACCUACAACGAUGUGGACUUCGUGGAAGGUCUGUACCGCACUGAGCGAGACAAAGGCACACAGUACGAGUUGUUCUACCACAAGGAGGGCGUGGCCGGGUUCCGGCAAGUCACUCUGUUCCGCCCAUUUGGCCCACUCAUGAGAGUGAGGAGCAGCACGCUGGAAGCCACCGGCACCGUCCUCAACAUCAUCGUCCCACUGGCAGGGAGGACUGAGGCCUUCGCACAGUUCAUGCGCAACUUCAGGGAUGUGUGUAUACUGCAAGACAGACUUGUCCAUCUCACUGUGGUAUAUUUUGGACAGGAAGGCUGGACAGAAGUGAAAACCAUCUUGGAAACUGUAGCAAGUGAAGCGAGUUUCUCCAACUACACACUGGUGCCUGUGGAUGAGGAGUUCUCCCGGGGACGUGGCCUGGAUAUCGGAGCCCGCGCCUGGAAGAGGGGUGACGUGCUCAUGUUCUUCUGUGACGUCGAUAUUUAUUUCACUGCGGAGUUCCUCAACACCUGCCGCCUCAACGCCCGGCCAAAUAAGAGAGUGUUCUACCCAGUGGUGUUCAGUUUGUACAACCCUGCAAUCGUAUAUGGUAACCUGGAGAUAGCGCCCCCUAUGGAGCAGCAGCUGGCUCAUAAAAAAGAUGCUGGUUUCUGGCGAGAUUUUGGAUUUGGGAUGACUUGUCAGUACCGAACUGACUUCCUCAAUAUUGGAGGCUUCGACCUGGAAGUGAAAGGCUGGGGAGUGGAGGAUGUGCACCUGUACAGGAAGUACCUGCACAGUGACCUGAUUGUGGUGCGCACACCGGUCGCAGGCCUCUUUCACUUGUGGCACGAGAAACAGUGUGCAGAUGAGUUGACCCCCGAGCAGUAUCGCAUGUGCAUCCAGUCCAAGGCCAUGAACGAGGCCUCCCAGUCCCACCUGGGCAUGCUGGUGUUCAGAGAGGAGAUUGAGUCCCACCUGCGUAAGCAAGCCUUCCAGACACACAGCAACAGCAAGCCAGGAGAGUGAAAGGAGGCAGCCCAGAAGACACUCCCUCUCUGCCAAAGAACAGAACCGAGCCAAGUGUUCCAAUACAAUAAUGGUAUCCUGCCAAUACAAGAACAGUUGCAGCAGUGUAUCAUUAUUCCUUAAAGUAUACAUCGCAACAUAAUGUGAUUAUGCUAGUCAAUGAUUAUUUUGUUAAGUCUUAAAUAAGAUUGCAUAGUAUAUCAUUAAUUCAGUAAUUCAACAACCAUUUGGUACCAGACCACACAUUCAUAUGGGGCACAAUGAAUCUUUCUGAUGUUAGUAAGAAGUGAAUUUAUAAUCACCCCUUGACAUGAUUUAAACCAGAAAUGCCUAACAGAGGAAUUUUUCCUUUUCUUUGUUUAACAUUUUUCCUCUGUGCUCUGCAGGGUUUGCCAUGGCUACUUCUCACUAUUAGGAUCCUGCCUGUUUAGUUGACCAAGUGGCAAACAGCUUUAAUGAGGGACGAAGCUUGUGUGUCUGCAGCUGAAGUCUAAGUAACUUAAACAAACAAAGUCAACCAGGUGCGAUUUCUGAUGCAUGAAAGGGUGUAGUAUAGCAUUUUUACAAGACAAAAAAAGGACAAAACCAUUGGUCUGCUUGUUCUAGCUGUGUCAUCUUUGACCUGAUGUGUGCUGCACAUUGAUGUGACACACAAGCAAUCCUUGCACAUGCUACUGGAGAAGCAGCAUGUCUUGUCUGUAGGUAUUGCUUUGUAGACAUUACAUUGAGCUUCUUUCACCUGCCUUUUGAAAUUGCUGCAACAGAGGUCUGGGGCGCAGGUAAGAGGAGUUUGGUGAGCUCAACUUGAACGGCAGUAGACAUUUCUCCACAUUACAAAACCACCAAACAAUGUGGCACAAUUGCUUGUAAGAGACCCAAGACUGACUGGAGGGCAGGCAAGGACGUUCACCUGCGUCGACCAGUAACUGAAUACAGUAUUUUUAAAUGUAUGGAUAAAAAACAAACUGUACUGGUUUAUUUACUAUAGUUUUGCUUGAAUGAAAAAAAAACGGAUUGUGCUGCAUUACAUUUUAUUUUCGCAAUCAUUUUCAAAUCGUGUUUUGGAAGACGCAAAUCGCUGUUUCAUGUUAUAGCCUUGGAUAUUUUUUAAUGUUCUUUAUUCUCUAACAAAAUGCAUAACCAUCUAAAGAAGAUUGCAAGGACAGGUUUGUUUUUCUUUUUAAGUCAGGAUGUGAGAAUUUGCUUGGUGUUUACACUGGUAGUCAAUAUUUUGGGAACUACAAAUUAUUAAUUCAGUUUACAUUCCUGAUCUGAGACGUCCAAUCACUUCCAGGGAGAUAUUUUUCUUUCUGUUUUGUUUCACUGAGUAGAGUGUGUUUGAGUGGUGACUGUACUUAGGGUGUUGUUUCAGGCUGUGGUCAGUGGGUCAGUGUUAAGCUCUCACUGACAUCUGCUAUCAGUUUUGUUAAAGGGAAGACAAAUGUACAAUUUAAAAUCCAGUUAUAUUCCUGCUUUCUGAUGGCGUCAAACACUGUCUAAGUUACUUCUGCACUAAACAUGGCAAGCGCACAGGCAUCUUGUUGUUCACAGCAUUGAUGGACUAUUUUUCAAAUGUGUGUGGUUUAUUUUUUACCGUUUACAAAUAUAAAUAAAAUUAUACAACAUGA